AUGGUCCAGGCAACUCGAUUUCUCCAAGGCCUCUCCUACCUCUUCUUUGUGGCAAGUAAUCACCUUGUCUGUGCCCAACAUGACCGAACCCAGCCCCAGACACAGAGAAGCACCAUCACCAAUAAUGCCAGCUCAACUGUCGGCACAUGCGAGGCCCGCACGAUCAAUUACAUAACACAUACCUUACCCCAGUCUUGCCUUACAAGCUCCUGGAUGAGCCCGACAUCUGCUAAAGACCAACCUUCGACCCAAACCAACUCGAAUGUCCCUGCCACCAAUGGCCCCAAUGAAUCGGCCGCAGAGCCGGUCACAUCCACUACAGGCAGCUCGUCGAUUGCUGUAGGAACGCAAGAAAGCUCGGAAACACAGGUGGAGUCUACAGCCAGUGAGCCUGCCGCUACACCAUUCAUGUCUUUCGAAGAUUGGAAGGCAAUGAUGCUUCAGCGGACUGGGCAGGACCCGAAAGACCUCAGUUCCCGGAAGGACAACGCCGGAAAGCCCUACGACAGAAUACCCCCCGAUAUGGGACGUUUCGAUUUGGGAGGCGAGGACGAAAUAUCUCUCGAUUUUGAAGACUAUGUGGACAAGCACGGCCAAUACCAGCCAUCAGCGGGUGUUCCGCCGAGGGAUGGGAAUAACGAAAACCAAAAGGCCGAGGAACCUGUCGUACACAAAGGCGACGCAUCUCUGUAUCGCAGCAAGGAUGCUGGGAAGACCUGCAAGGAGAGGUUUUCCUACUCUUCUUUCGACGCCGGUGCCACCGUGCUCAAAUCUGGACCCGGAGCCAAGAAUGCAAAAGCAAUUCUGGUAGAAAACAAAGAUUCUUACAUGCUCCUGGAGUGCGCCCGCCAGAGCAAGUAUGUCAUUGUUGAGUUGAGUGAUGAUAUUCUUAUUGACACUAUCGUGGUGGCCAACUUCGAAUUUUUCUCGAGCAUGAUCCGUCACUUUCGUGUCAGCGUCAGUGACCGCUAUCCCGUCAAAGCAGACCGAUGGCAUGAUAUCGGUACCUUUGAAACCCGUAAUUCCAGAGACAUCCAGCCCUUUCUUGUGGAGAAUCCUCAAAUUUUUGCCAAAUAUGUUCGAAUUGACUUCUUGACACAAUACGGGAACGAAUACUACUGCCCAAUCUCCUUACUGCGUGUGCAUGGCUCUCGCAUGCUGGACUCCUGGAAAGCGGGCGAGACGACCCGCGAGGAGGAUCUUGCCAUUGAUGAGCCUAUCGAUGAGGCGCUCACGAUAUCUCAUGAUCCUACCGUAACAGAUCAUCCCAUAGAUGUCGUGGUGCAACCCAAUUUGGAGCAGGACCAAGGCUCUGUUUCUCAACCCGAGUCAAGACAGAGUGAGACAAGCCCAUGGGCCUCUCACCCUGCUAAUGUUUUUGAGAGCGGAACCUUAACGUGCCCUAAGGGCUCAGAGCAAGUUGAUCGCGAUGCAACAUUACCACUGUAUAAUGGCACCCGCCCUGAUCGAUCGUCCCAUUCAGCAUCUCCCCAAGAUGGAGUUGGCGGGAAGCUCGCAGAUGCAAAAAACCUGCCACAGCCUGUAGAGGGCGAGGUAGAGAGCGAUGCUGCAGUACAACCCCCUAAGCCGCCUUCGUCGAAUCAUCAGAUGCGCCCUACAGGACAAAAUAACGUAACGUCGGCCAAUGGCACAGUGACGGGUGAGGCCCCUGUGAGUUCAUCAACACAAGCUUCCAAGCCCUCAAUGGCCGCACAGGCUGUUCAAAAGCAACGAACUGGCACUUCGAGUGCACCAGCAGCAACACCUACUGUUCAGGAAGGAUUUUUCAAUUCCAUCACCAAGCGGCUGCAGGCCGUUGAGUCUAACCUCACUCUCUCGCUCCAAUAUCUGGAAGACCAUUCGCGUUAUGUGCAAGAUGCGUUGAAGCUAGCCGAGCAGAAGCAACUAUCCAAGGUGGCAGACUUUCUGGACAACCUCAAUCGCACCGUCUUUGCUGAACUCCGAGGCAUGCGUGAUCAGUACGAUCAGAUAUGGCAGUCGACAGUUAUCGCUCUUGAAAGUCAACGAGAGCAUUCUGAGAAUGACAUUGUUGCCCUGAGCUCUCGCCUCAACCUACUUGCUGAUGAAGUCGUGUUUCAAAAGAGAAUGGCAAUUGUUCAGGCCAUACUUCUGCUCUGUUGUCUGUUCCUCGUCAUUUUCUCUCGUGGUGUCCCCAUUCCUUAUAUCUCUCCACUCUUGGAACAAAGCAACGCCGCAAACUACUAUCCGACUGUCUUGCCAUCCCAAAGCCGAACAAUGUACGGAGUGGGAGGCGAGCAGUUGGUACCUAACCCUCAUGUGAACCAUCCGACGGACACACAGCCGUCUCAUUUAGCUACUGAAUAUCCAACCACUUUGGACUCGCAAUUGGAUCAUUCGAUGAGCACCGCAGAGUCGGUAGAUACGCAGAACACCUUGUCGAACCAUAACAGACUCUCGCCACCACUGACCCCAAGCCUUCAAGCUACUGAAUCUGGACUUCUCGAUCCUUCUACAGCAUUUGAUUUGCAAGCAUCUAAUUUACGACGAACUUCAAGUUUCCAGCAUAGUCACAAUCGGAAGCCGCUACCAGCACUUCCGGAGCAUCCAUCACCCCCCUAG